UAGUCCUCUUGCGUGACCCGCCACUGGCAUUCCUUUGUGACAAUAGCCACAACUCUACGUAAUUUGCAUAAACGAUAAACAUAAUAUUUUUUUACGAACAUGUUGAAAAAUACAUCAGAAGAGUACAGCAAAUACGCCAAAAUUAACUUGGACCAAAAGUUAAACCCGAUACUACAAUCAGUAGAGGAUAUGCUGACUCGAUUAGAAGAAUUUGAAACUUUACUCACUUUGGUACAGCAAGAAAGAUGUAAUGCGGUGGGACUAACAGGCUCGUUAACUACGGCAGUUGGUUUCGGUGGCAAUUUGAAGGAAUUGUGCGCACAUGUCGAUAGAUUAGAAAAACUUACAGAGCACAUUAAAUCAAACAUCGAAUCGCUCGAAAGAAAAAUUGAUUUAGCAGAAGAACAGUAUGGUUUGACAGACAAUACUGCAAAACUUAAGAAUUUGCUAAUACCGUUAUUUAAGAAGAAUGUAGCUGUUAGGGAGCCAGUUGUUGAAGGUGUAAGUGAAAGGGAAGUAUUUUCCACAGAGGAUUAUUUUUCAACCACCCAACACCCUACAGAGUAGCAAUAAGUUAGGGUUUAAGGUUAACUGUGUAUUUUUCUACUGUAUUAUAGGUACACUUAGUGAAAAAGAAUUGUUAUUUUAUCAUACGUA